UCCCACCACGAAAAAGAAACCCACGCUGCUUCCUUCGCCGAUUGCGUUCGCCGCCGCCACCGUCAGUUUCGCCGUCGACUCCUUGCCGCCGGGACACCGUACGCCUUCGCCUUCUAUCACCUUUGCCGCCGACGAUUUUUUUGGCUUCUGUGAAUUCUCUUGUGAAGUAUCAAUCGAGUUAGCAGUCAAGUUAUCAUGGUUGGUUGGCAGCGAUAUGUUCGGUCUAUGCUUGGCCAUGUGCAGAAGAGAGUGGAAUUGAGUUACAAUGUAGCUGCCAACUCUAAUUGUUAUCGCUUGCAAUCCUCCCUCUCAUAUGGGGAGUUGCCUUAUCUACAGAGACUUUUGAAACCAUCUUCAGCAGGCAUUACACAACCUUAUUAUCAGUGCCUCCAGCAGAUGGGAAUUUCCAGUUCAAGGUUUUUACUUGCCGAUAAAUCUGAGGAAGCAGCAGUUUCAUCACCUCUGACCUCUGCUUUGGCUUUAAGUAGUGGAAAAGAAGGAGAUAAAGACCAAAAAGUAGUAUCUAAACCUUCCAAAGUCCAAGCUAUAUUAAAGGGAAUCAAACAGAGUCCCAAGAAAGUCAACUUGGUUGCUGCAUUAGUUCGAGGCAUGCGUGUCGAAGAUGCACUGUUGCAGUUACAAUUGACUGUAAAGCGUGCUUCAAAAACUGUUUAUCAGGUCAUUCACUCGGCCAAAGCAAACGCAACCCAUAAUCAUGGAAUGGAUUCAGAUCGGCUCCUUGUUGCUGAGGCAUUUGUGGGCAAAGGAUUCUUUAAGAAAAGAAUAUCAUAUCAUGCUAAAGGAAAAUGUGGAAUUAAAGUCAGACCAGAAUGCCGGCUAACAGUUGUUGUUAGGGAGAUAACACCUGAAGAAGAGGCAGAGAUAGCCAAGCUGAGAGUUAGCAAUUUCCGCAAGCUGACCAAGCGUGAAAGUCGGCUCGUACCUCAUAAGCUUAUUGAAACCACGCCAAUCUGGAACCGAAAAGGCAAAGCUAGAGCAAAUGAAGAAGGUCGAAUGGCUUCAUAAGUUUUAACGGCCUCCAGUUGAGUUUCUUCAUCUCUUUCUGCCGAUGCAUUGUUUUCUUCCAUGUUCUUUUGUUCUAGACAAGUUAGGGAGGAAAAGUGAUUUAAUAUGGAGAAUGUAAGGAUACGUUUUGCAUAAGGGAGCAAUCACAUUGUGUUAUUUUUCUUACAUUCUUGUAUAGAUCAUGUGGCCUCA